AUGUUCGUGCAGGAGGAGAAGAUCUUCGCGGCCAAGGUGCUCCGCCUCCGCCUGUGCGCCCUGGACGGGGCCGAGUGGCUGGAGGAGGUGGCCGAGGACACGCCGGUGGAGCGCCUCAAGGAGCGCGGCCUCAAGCACGUAAGGGCGGGGCGAGAUGCUCGCGGGCCCGGUGCGGCGGCCCAAGGGGGGGGGGGAGCUGCUGCCGCCGCCGGCCGGCCGGCCAAGGACGUGGAGGAGGCGCCGCUGCGCCACGCCGACUUCUUCCGCGUGCAGGAGCUCUUCUCCCGGCGCGACCUCCUGGCCGCGCGCGUCCACCUGGGCCACAAGAAGGGCGGACGCCACAGGUUCAUGGAGCCCUACAUCUUUGGCUGCCGCUUGGAUCAGGACAUCAUCGACCUGGACCAAACCAUGGCCCACCUCCAGCUGGCCCUCAACUUCACCGCUCACGUGGCCUACCGCAGAGGCGUCAUCCUCUUUGUCUGCCGCCAGCGGCGGUUUGCCCACCUGGUGGAGACCACGGCGCAGGAGUGCGGGGAGUACGCCCACACGCGCUACUGGCAGGGGGGCUUGCUGACCAACGCCGACAUCCAGUACGGGCAGGGCGCCCGCCUGCCGGAUCUCAUCGUCUUCCUCAGCACUCUCAACAAUGUCUUUGAGCCCCACGUGGCGGUCCGAGACGCCGCCAAGAUGAACAUCCCGACCGUGGGGGUGGUGGACACAAAUUGCAACCCCUGCCUCAUCACCUACCCCAUUCCGGGCAACGACGACAGCCCGGCGGCCGUGGAGCUCUACCUUAAGCUCUUCAAGAGGACCAUCAUCCGGGCCAAGGACAAGCGGAGGCAAAUGGAGGCUUUCUACGACCUGCAGGCCUCGCUUGGCAGCAGUCCAAGCGCCCAUCCCGAGACCCCUCUGGGUACCGCCUCUGCCUGAUGAGCUGGCUGUGAGCCAGGCGGGCUUCCCACCAAGCACCGGUCAUGCUUGGGUCAGAGGGGACAGGCUGAGGAGGAGCCUUUCACGAGCUCUUUCAAAAGUGCUGUGCAAGAAUAUUGUGUGUUUGUGUUCCCCCCAAUGCCCCUCCACUUUCCAGGGGCUUGUCCAGCCCCAUUUCAUGGUUUCUUGCUUUGCAUUCCUCAAUGCACAAUUAAAAACAUGUGUUGUUUUGUA